UCUGAAACCCCCCACCCCCACCCCCCAUAAACGAAAAAACUAAUGGCGAUUAACUUCAGAAACGAAGAAACUAAUCCACCCUAGAGUUGAUAUACACUCGAAAAAUUCUAGAAAUCUUUGAUAGUGAGUUCAUUUCCCUAGAUUUACAGUCGAAGAACUUCAAAAUCAGGUAGCAACUGCCACGUAACCACAUACCUUUCCCCUUUUCAAGGAAUGGCUCGUAGGAAAGUAUUUGUGGUAGGAACAACUAUUUUAGGUUUACUAAAUAGAGAGGGAAUUCUUAUAGCGGGUGAUAGCAUGUCUUGGAAACUUAAAGCGAAGCAAGCCAAUCCCAGAAAUGAGAUAAAGGUUCAUAGGAUUGGGGGUGAUCCAGGGUACAUUUUAUUAGCUAUAAGUGGAAGCAAUUUCAUGACCGAUCAUGUCCUUGUAACGUUGAGGAACUUGGUAAACGAAGAGCAUAAGAAGGGUAGGGUGAUGACUUCUGGAGGAUGUGCGAGGGAUAUCUACAAUUUUCUCAACACCGAUCUGAAUGAAUUGGAGGCGUCAAGCUAUAACAUGCCUAAAGACGUUGACUAUAAUACAUUCGAAUGUGGAGUACUUGUUGCAAUGUUCGAGCCAGAUUUGCGGAACGUUUGUGCUGUUCGUAGACCAGGCCUAUACUUAGCGAGUGCGGAAGAUUGGGACAAGAUUAAUGAAUUUGAAAUCGACGGAGCAGGUUAUGAGAAGGCUUUUGACGCGAUUUCCCCAAGUUAUGCUUAUGAUAAGGAGAUGGAAGAUGCGAUUGUUCAAGUGGAAGAAGGAAUGCUUGCCGCUUCCAAGUCGGGAGGUAGUGGUGGCAUUAUAACAAUCGAUUGAAUAGACCGGAACAACCUUAUUGAAAAUGUCUCUAGAAAGCCAAUAGAACAAUUACAAAGAGAGAGUGAUGAACGGGAACAGAAACGAAGAGAAGCAGCCGAGGUGCUUAGAAAGGAAAUAGAACAAUCACAAAGGGAGAGUGAUGAACGGGAACAUAAACGAAGGGAAAUUGGCACGUCAAAUAGAGUAGUGGACGUGCUUAGAAGUGGAGCUCGCAGAUCCCAGCUAAGCAAACAAGCAAAGAAACGGAAAAAAGAAAUUGGCACGUCAAAUAGAGUAGCAAAAAAAACGGAAAGAGACUAAUGCUCAACGAUCUUCAUCUUCCCACAGUUACUUUGUACCAGAUGCUAAAGCAGUAACACUCUAUGGAGGCAACAUUUUGCAAGUUCAACGGGAACCUUAGCAUCAUAUCUGACAUCGAAGUCCAACUAUAUUUUGUUGAAUGAGAGUGUAAUUUAAGAAUUACGAACAGCAAUAAAGCUGCAGGAACCUUGUUUUACUUGCCUGUAGUUAUAUAAUUAAAGGUUGGUUUUGAUUAGUACCUGAUCUUUGCUAGUGAUGCAUUUAAAUGACUAUGCCAAUUGUAACACUCUAUGGAGGCAACAUUUUGCAAGUUCAA